ACAAAAUAAUUAUUUUGGCGUUGCAUGCCAUAAAUAUGACAACAUGGCAACAUAAGCUUCGAGAUAAUUCAACAAACAUCUGUGACAUAACCUAGCAACCUGGUCGGUGGAGAGUUGUUGUUGUGAUCCAAAGUGGGGCUUUGGAAGGGCGCAGCCCCCCGAAAUAGAGCAAAGCCCUGGCCAUGUCGCUGGUGGCGGACUACGACAGCGACUCGGCAACCAGCUCGGACGGCUCAAACGACAGCGACAGCGACCACAAACCAACUUACCUAGAAAGCAAGCCGGACCCGGGCGCGGCCCUGCGGCUGCCGGCGCCCCAAUUCAGCGCCCAUUGCAGCCCCGACUCCGUCUUCGGCAACCCCUUCCUCGAGGCGGAGACGGCGAAGGAGGCCAUCCUGGAGAAGCACGUGAAGAUGGUGGACACGCGGGAGGCCCUGGCCAUCAACGGCAAGCGCAUUUGCUGGAACUACCGCAAGGGGCGGUGCCGCUUCGGGCACAACUGCAAGUACGCCCACGACUCCGACCUGCAGAAGUCGCAGGCGCAGCUCCACGCCGAGCGGGCACGGGCGCGCGCCUGCAGCGUGGUGUGCCAGUCGGGCGUCAGCACCCCCGAACCGGACAAGGACCCAAAGGGAGCGAAAAGGAAACGGCCGGGACUGACGCAGGGCUUGGUGCCAGGGAAGCGGGUGAUGAGCCAAUAUCUGCACAACAAGACUUAGUGACUAAAGUGUAAUUCACCACUCAGCCUAGCCCUAGUCGAACAAUAACGAUAAAUAAACUAACCUAGAAUGUACAGCUGGGACCAGUGCCAGUGUCCUGGGACAAUUAA